CCACCCGGCUUCCGGAAGUCUUCCCAGGGUUGCAUGCUGGUUUGUCGUGCUUUGCCCUUAGAGGUGACUUUUCUCAACAGCCUCAUACUUGUUUUAUUAAAACAUUCGAUAUACUGAAAAUGGCGGAUUUCAGUAGUUUCGAUAGACCAUCAAUGGGUUCAUCGGAGAACGCGGAGGCUGCUGAACUUCAGCGUCUGAUCGCUGUGGAGCAACAGAAAGCACAGUUUCAGGCUCAGGUGCACAACUUCACAGACGUGUGUUGGGACAAAUGCAUAGACAAGCCGAGCUCAAAACUGGACUCGCGCACUGAAACGUGUCUCGUGAGCUGUGUGGAGCGCUUCAUCGAUACCACGCUGGCCAUCACGAACCGCUUCACACAGAUGGUGCAGAAGGGCACACACUGAGCAUGCAGUCACCUCACGACCUCUCAAGGACUAAUGGCUUACAUUCCUAUUAGCAGCCUCAGGCUCUCUGGUGAAUAAGCAGGAAAAGUUUAAUGCCAUAGUCUUGGACUCAAUCCCAAGUGACUCUUUACUCCCUACAGAUAUGUAUUAAUUAGGGUAUGAGAGUGACUUCUGUCUUCAAUUUCUGCGUCAGAUUGUUAUUUUUUAUUUUUUUGCUUCAAUGUCUCGAAGAACAGAAAUAAGGAACCCUGGAGAAAAUCCUACAUCGAUCCCUUUUCCCCCCACCUCUUAUAGUUUCUACCUUAAAGUAACCCUGAAUGUAACUCACUAAAAUUGACAAAAUAAAGCAAUUUACUUGCUAGACGAUAGCACUUGUAACAGAUCAACAUAAUUGGGAUAUCAGUAUCGUGAUUUAACUCCACGAUAAAAAAAUGUAAUGUGGGCUAAAAAAAAAUGUAUACACACUUCAACAGUUGUUAUCUAUGCCCUUUUUUCCCUCCAUGUUCCCUGGGCUUAACAUCCCUCGAUUUCCAUCUGUAGGGAACACUAAAGGGUCGCAGAAAACCACCCACAAUGGCUGCAUUAUGGGAAGAAAUUGAAGUAUCAUGCAGAGCAAUCCCUGUGGACACUCUGUCAAUGUUGUUCAUACGGUAGUUUGCCGAAAUCUAGUGUCUGGAUGCGAAUGGUGGCCACUUUGUGCACCUAAUGUGAUUGCAUAAUUCAAACAGGACUUCUAGUCACCCUUUGGUGUUUAUAUAAAUUUAGUAAUACAAUUUUUCUGCAAAAAUUUCUCUUGUUGAAGUGCAUAUACAUUUUUUUUGGGCCCCUAUGUAGUAGUAGUGAUAGAAGAUUGGAUCCAAAUAUUACAACUGAUAAUUGAAAUCAGCCAUUUUUAUGUGUUUAAAAAGUUUGGGGAUACUUUCAUCACCAAAUCAACCUGGUCUGUGCUUCAAAUAUGGAGCCAUUUGGGAUUUAGCCUCAGUGUUCGAGGUCACGGCUCUUCUCAUACAUUCACAUAUAUCUUUCUUUCUGCAGAAGAAUAACUAGGGAUGAUUCCCAGUGGACUGUGUGUGAUUAUAGUACCAGAUUUACUUAAUGAUCCUCUCAGCACAUCAUUAUUUCCAAGCUGCUAUUGUCCGUGUCCCUGCAGAUCCUUGGAUCUUUGUCUGAAAGUAUGGUUCUGAUGAUCAGAUGUACCAAUUAGCUCACUGAUUGCCUGGAUUAACUGUCAAGUCUGUGAAUUUCAGGCUUAUUUUUGAAGUACAAGAUGUUUCUGUAUGUUUAACAGCUGUGAUGUGGAUGUUCUUGGGUUUCUCAUGUUGAUAAAUGUCACAAGAACAUUUUCAUGCAUAAUAUACACACUUGAGGACAAUCCGUUUCAGUCUUUUCUUAACCCGCACAUCGUUACUGCAAUUUAAAAUGAACAAUUAUCCUGAUUUUUGUUGCUCUGAAUUUUGGUCUCUGGUGUAUCUUUACAUACCUUUAUACAAAAUGCCAAGCUUUAAUAACCACUGAAAUAUAGUUUUAUGCAAUAGUCUUAAACUCUGAAUAUUGCUAUAUUUUUAACAUGAACAUGAACUUUUUUUUUUUUGGUAAAAUUUAG